UCCUGUUAUUUGUUGUAAGCGACUGAUAUUCGCACUUCCGCUGACGACACACUAGCCACAGACUGCUGUAAUCUCUUUUAACCGGUAGACCAUUAGACCUCCUGAGUGAGAACACAACACCAGCGUCCACCAUGCAGAACAGCUAUGGGGCUGCACUUGACUUGAGUGGCAAGCUCAUCAUCAAAGUGCAACUAGGGGAGGACAUUCGUCGCAUCCCCAUUCACAAUGAGGACAUCACCUACGAUGAACUGGUGCUGAUGAUGCAGCGUGUUUACCGGGGAAAACUCUCCACAAAUGAUGACAUUGUCAUUAAAUACAAAGAUGAAGAUGGAGAUCUCAUAACAAUUUUUGACAGUUCAGAUCUGGCUUUUGCAAUUCAGUGCAGUCGCAUUCUGAAAAUAACAUUGUUUGUUAAUGGGCAAAGACUGAGUGAUGUUGGAGAUAUGCGAUCACUAAGGCGUGAGCUACAAGCAAUACGAGAUCGUGUGAAUGCCAUUUUGGAUCGAAUGGAUUCACCAGCAACGUCUGUGAUAUCUGCUGCAGAUUCAAGUAUAACUGAUGGUGAGAAAUGGGGGAGACCAGAUGCAGCAAGCAGCACCAAAGUCAGUGUGAGAGGUUCCGGGCUCACUCAUGCAAGUGCUGCAGAGAGCAAAGAGUUUGAUCCUCUCUCAACGCAGCGGUCCAUCCUAAUGAUGAAAGUGUCACUCAAAAUAAAGUCAUGUCAUCUUUUGGCAUACCCAGUGAUGCCUCUACCGUGGCUCCAGUUCCAGACAGAGGGGGGGCUUCUACACCAGACAGCGUUUCUAGCAUUGGGUCAUCUGCUAGUCACCAGCAGCAGUUCCGACAACAGCAGCCCCAGCAGCAGUUCAGUAGCACGUCACAGGUGCCAGUGCCAGGAACACCACCCACUAACCAGCAGCAGCAGCCAGGCGCUUAUUCCCAGGGGACUGGACAACCUCAUCCCUUGCCUCAGGCAUUACCCUAUGGUCAGACACCAACUGCUGGCUCACCCCAGCAGCAGUACCAAGGCUAUGGGCAACAAAGCCAAGGGUAUGGUCAGUAUCAAGCUGGCCAGCAGCAAGCGCAGCCUGUCUACAGCCAGUCUGCUGGACAGCAGUAUGGUUAUAUUUCACAGCCAGCACCUGGCCAACCCCAUCAGCAACCUCAGCAACCUCAGCAACCACAACAGCAACAGCCUGUUUAUGCUGGAAUGCAACAGCAGCAGCCAAACUUGCAGCAGGCUCAGAGUGGAAAGUUCACUGGAUAUGUUCCUCAGCAGACACCCAGCCAGACAUCCCCUAGUCCCACCCCUGGAGCAAACCCUUACUCCCGAGGGCCUGGCUAUGGUGGUGGCUAUCCGAGGCCUACAGCCAACUACCAACAAGGAUACCAGUGAUCUGAGUGCAGUGGCCAGGAGUGCUUGAGGCAAAAGUGUUGUUAUCAACAGUUUAUGGCAGAUACUAAGGAUUUAUAUUUGAGGGAGGGGGGAAAGAUGAAAAUGUUGGUGUGAUGUGAACUGUGUGAUUUGAGGGAGAGGUGUUAUGACUCCUAAGCCAUUAAUUAGUCUGCUGGCCAGGUUCAAGUCACCUUGCAGAAUAAAAAUAUUUCAGGUUCUUCUCCAUCCUCUACUUUGGGUAGAAUAAGGAAUAGUUAGGGUGCACCUACCUUUAAGCAGAAAUCGUCUAUUACCACCACCUCUUCCCUCCAUCUUCCAGGUGCCAGCUGGACCUUAUAAACAAAUGUACAAUAGCCUGUCUGUUAGAAAUAGGUCAACACUUGAACAUCUGCUUAGUGCAUUUUAGCCUUGUGUGUUUUUGGCUUGUCUCAUUGAUCUAAUUCUAGAGAGAAGAACAAAACUUAAGAAUCAUUGCCAUUACAGACUGUCACCUAGCAAUCAUAGAGGUUUGAGAGAACACAAGCAACAUGCAUAGCCUGUACAGCAGGGUUGUGAACAUACCAUCCAAGAGAAAAUCAAAAGAAAGAGAUGUGCAUUGUAGAACAGAUGUUCCAUUAGCUUGUAUAUUCAUGUAUAUACAUUUGUAAAUCAUUUGAGUGUGGUAUAACCAUUCAUUCAAAUGUUUAGAGCAGUAACUUGCAGUCUUGCCUAACCAUGUCUGCAGUGCUGUAUCUAGCAUAUUUCACAGUUCUUCUGUUUAAGCACUGCAGAGGGAGGGGGAACAAAUUUUUAUUAUUCCUGCUUUGUUUUUUCAAAUGAAUUUUUAAAACUUUAAAUGCAUAAUUAGUAGCAGUCUGAUUUCUAAGGAUUUAUAUAUUAUUUCUCCUGAAGAUAAACAUGUUUUGGACCCAACAUUGCCUGUCAGUCUUUGCUACUCUGCAGCAUGAUAGGGAAACUACAUGUGUACUUAAGAGUUAUCUUGUCUCUUUUACAAAAAUUAAUGUUCUUUUGCUAGUGAAGAGUUAUGUUAGGGUGAAAAUCAUUAGCUUUUUCAUUCUGUUUAUAAGAAUGAAUGUAUUUUUUGUACUAUUGUCACUUGAGGACAAAAUCAUGGUAUAUAGAAUACAUGUUUAAGACAUGGACCUACACAGAAGAAAAGACAGUCAUACAAGAUUUUGCUGAUGGUGCAUGAAGGCAAAUACUCAGAGCAAUAAAUUUGUAGCAAAAUUAAUAGUUAUUGGUUUCUUCAAGAGUUUUGUCACCCCAAUUGACAGUGUUUGGAAAAGCAUUAAAGUACUUGGAUUUACAGAAAUUUUGGAGCAAGAUACAUUGGAUGAGAGAUAAGAUAACAUCUUAGAAGCAUACAAGGUUGACAUGGGUUUGAAAUGAAGACCACAGAGAUAAUGUCUAAGGAGCAUAUGGCUAUGAAGUGAGAAACACAGAGAUCAUCUGCAUUGGCUGAAUCUUUAUUACCUCAGUUGCUAUUGCAGCUGGGGUGGAAGUCCUGGAAAAGAUUCUAUAAAUAGAAAUGUUCAGUGUUGUUAAGUGGCUAAUUUGCUUCACAGUUGUUACACUGGUCACUUGUACAUUACUGACAUACUGUGCAAUGUAGACAGAAUUCUGUCAGCAGAGAAUUCUGGGAUUGCUUUUGUCUUGACAUGCAGAUUGCAGGAGAAAUGCAUGGGCCUGAAGGAUUGUGGUGAGUGUUGGGCAGUAAGCAAAAUGACUCGAAGAAUGUGGAAUGCAUGAUUUUCAGAACGGUAUGUCUGCCUGCAGUCAUGCAUGUGAGGUGUUUGCAGCAUAGGAAUGUGUAGAAUUUAUCAGGUACUGUUAAAUGGCAGUGUGUGAAAGUCACAUUGACACAUGGUACAAGUGCUGUGGUUAGGACCUGGAAAUGUCAUACUCAGACUUUUGACCAUCUGAUGAUAAAUUUAUUUUGGAUUUUUCUGGAGUGACAUAUAGGAAUCAAAAUAGCAGAUUCCAUUUUGUGUUAAGAUGUACAUGUGAACAUCUGUUAUGAACAAAGUAGUGCAUGUACCUAUGUUAACAUCUGCAAGAAAUUGUAACAAUUUUGUUUUCCCCAUCUUCUCUGGUUUGGGAAUCCUUGAAACUGUGUGGUUAAUGCAAUCCACUUCAGAGCAGGUCUGAAGAGUAAGGCUCCUGCAGAUCACUGACGGUACACAAAUUCUCCUGUGCAAUCUGACCUGUUAGAAAAGGCUGAUGAAUGAGAGAUUUGGGCUCCUUUUACAUGCCAAGCUGUAGGUAUAGUGAAUCAGUUGCUGUUCACUGUCCUUUAAGUGGCUGUAGAACCUUUGUCUUGCCCAGUUUUGUAAUGCUAUUCAGUCCUGAAUAUUUUAUGUCUAAGUGGGUGGCUGUUAACAAAUACAUGAUCAUUGGCUUUAACCAUGAAGUUUCAUGUAUAGGCUUUUAUGUGCGUGUUUUUUCAAAUCUCAGAUUUGGUUUACAUGUGUAAGGGAUGCUGUUUUUAAGAGAUUCAUUACAUGAAUGGUCAAGAAUUUUGUGAGUAGAUGUUAAAGCAAAAGGAUCUCUGAGCCAGACUUGGCAGAAUAGAAUACACUGAAGUGUAAGACUGUCAAACAUGCUAGAGAAAAAAAUGGUCUCUGUCAAGCUUGUUUUUACUAGAGUUGGAGAGCCUGCUAGUGUUGGGUUUCACAAGAGGGAUUGUAUGGAACAGCAAAGACAAUGGAUAGAAGAAAAUGUGAUAAUUAGGUUAUAACAAGUGUAGAACUGUUUCCAAUUAGAUCAUUCAUAACACUUUACUACCAUGUUAACAAGAGCUACUUUUGGAAUCUAUAACUUUACUCAUGCAGGUGAUGUAAGCUCAGAUAAGUAUGACCUUCUGGAAUAACAAUUUAUAUGUAUUACGAAAUUGUUAAGAUGGCAUUGUGAACCCCACAACAGGAUGUGUGGUGUUAUAGGGUAAUUAGACCUUGCAGGAUGGCAUCGCGGAGCCUGAUCUUGGUGUUUAACUUUUAGUGUUUUAACAGAAGCUGAAUGAUGUCUAUCAACCCCAGAUGUCUGAGCAAAGUUUACAGCACACCUUUGUGAUGAUUUUUGUUAGUGAUAAUCUGAUGGACCUUCAGGAAAAAUCGUUAUUUUCAGUAGUUUUUUUU